AUGCCACGAAGUCGUAGUAAAAGUCCAAGAGAGCGUUUCGAUCGAAGAUAUCGUGGUGCGCCGGGUGGUGGUAGAAGCCGAGAUUUAGGACGACGACGUUCACAUUCCCGUUCUCCAAUUCGAGAGUAUGAAAGAGAGCGAGACAGAGAUCGUCGAGAUCGUAAUCAACGACAGCGUACAAAAUCUCGUUCAACAUCACCAAAAGCGUUUCGUGGUGAAGCAUUUGGAAAUAAAUUAGUUCGUCCAUCAGACAAAAAAAGUGAUAGAUACGAACCACCUACACGAAUAUUUGAUCCAUCGGAAUUAGAAGGAAAAACAGAAGAUGAAAUUGAAAUGAUGAAAACAAUGGGAUUCGCAACAUUUGAUACAACAAAAGGUAAACAUACGGAAGGAUCAACAAAUGCAUUUGCAGCCAAUAUACAACAAAAACGACGUUACAGACAAUAUAUGAAUCGAAAAGGUGGUUUCAAUCGUCCAUUAGAUCCUAUCGCCUAA